AUGGUUCGCUCCCGCCGGGCGCGCGCCGCGCCGGCCGGCUCCACAUCGGCGGAAGGGCGAGCGGAGCCCGGAGGUGCGAUGGCCGGCGCGGGCAGAGAGGAGCUGGGCAUGGAAGUAAUGAAGCCUUUAAUUGAUGAAGAAGACUCAGAUGGCAUCUCAGAUGAAGAGCAUGAAAAUACUUUCCUGCCAGUUAAGACGCACUACCAGCUUGAUAAUGAAGAAGGCAUUACGUUUGUGCAAACACUGACUCACCUCCUCAAGGGAAACAUUGGGACUGGGCUUCUUGGUCUUCCGCUUGCAAUAAAAAAUGCUGGCAUUGUGGUUGGACCAAUCAGCCUUGUGUUCAUAGGAUUUAUAUCUGUUCACUGUAUGCACAUCUUGGUACGUUGCAGCCACAGUCUAUGUCAGAGGAUGAAGAAGUCCUCCCUGGGGUAUAGUGAUACAGUUAGCUGUGCAAUGGAAGUGGGACCCAUGACUGCUCUUCAGAAACGAGCUUCUUGGGGCCGGUAUAUUGUGGACUUUUUCCUAGUGGUAACACAGCUGGGAUUUUGUGGCGUUUAUGUUGUGUUCUUGGCAGAAAAUGUGAAGCAAGUCCAUGAAGGAUUCUUGGAAAGUAAGAUUGCUCCCAUGAACAUUAGUGCCACUAGCAGCUCUUCUGAGAAAAGGAAUACUGAUUUACGAAUAUACAUGCUGUGCUUCCUGCCAUUCCUGGUCCUCCUUGUCUUCAUUCGUGACCUUAAGAGCCUGUCCUUGCUUUCAUUGCUUGCCAAUUUGUCCAUGGCUGUCAGCCUGGUGAUUAUUUACCAGUAUAUUGUUAGAGAUCUAGCAGAUCCUCGAAAACUGCCUCCUGUGGUUGGCUGGAAGAAAUACCCACUGUUUUUUGGGACUGCAGUGUUUGCUUUUGAAGGAAUUGGUGUGGUGCUGCCAUUGGAAAACAGAAUGAAGGAUGCCACACGUUUCCCCCUGGCAUUGAACAUUGGGAUGGGAAUAGUCAUGGCAUUGUACAUCUCACUGGCCACCUUAGGGUAUCUGCGCUUUGGGGAUGAAAUCAAAGGCAGCAUAACUUUAAAUCUGCCACAGGAUAAGUGGUUGUAUCAGUCUGUAAAAAUUCUGUACUCCUUUGGGAUUUUCGUGACAUAUUCGAUUCAGUUCUACGUCCCUGCAGAGAUUCUCAUUCCAGUUGUCACCUCCAGAGUGAGGCAGAAGUGGAAGUUACUCAGUGAGCUUGUGGCAAGAGCACUAUUGGUCUGCUCAACCUGUGCUGUAGCAGUUCUGAUCCCUCGCCUAGACCUGGUGAUUUCUUUCGUUGGAGCUGUCAGCAGCAGCACUCUGGGACUGAUUCUGCCACCUCUGGUUGAAAUUCUCACUUUCUACAAGGAAAACCUAAGUUUAUGGACAAUAUUUAAAGAUGUUUUUAUAGCUGUUGUUGGAUUUGUUGGAUUUUUAACAGGGACAUAUGUGACGGUUGAAGAAAUAAUUUAUCCUGCAUCCACAGUUCUUGCUAAUGCAACAGGGAGCUUUCCUGCAGAUUUGAAUGCUACAGACUUGGUGGUUGGGUUAAAGUAA